AUUCGUAUUAAAGCGAACCCAGCCAAGGAAGCGAAAUCAUUUUCGCAAAAAUAAUCAACGCGUUCAUAUCGACCAGUGGUUAAUAACUCCGUGCAAACAGUAUGAAACUCUUACCCAUUUUCAUAAUUCUUGGGGUCGCUAUUGCCUUUGCUUCAGGAAGGAGGUUCGAACGUUGCGAAUUAGCCAGAAUACUUCAUAAUCGUUAUGGAUUUCCUCGCAAUCAGUUGGCCGAUUGGAUUUGUCUUGUCGAAUGGGAAUCAAGCUUCAGAACCGACGCAGUAGGACCACCAAACGGUGAUGGAAGCCGGGACUGGGGACUAUUCCAAAUUAACGAUCGGUAUUGGUGCCAGAGUGCAAACUACGGAAACUCACAUAAUAUAUGUGGAGUGUCCUGUGAACGUUUACUUUCGGAUGAUAUAACAACUGCAGUUAAUUGUGUAAGGAAAAUAUAUGCAGCACAUGGUUUUAGUGGUUGGAAUGCGUGGACCCAACAUUGCCACUCGCCAUCAAGUGUUGAGCAUUGUUUCGUUGAAUCUGAUUGUUUACCCGGUGGCGUCUCGUUUGGUAAACAUUGGCUAUAAAUUUCGAGAGGCAGUUCUUAGUAGAUAAGAGAUGAGGUUCACGUUGUCAUAUAAAUAAUUUACCAUGUACCAAUAAAACUUCAAAUAAAUCUGAUCAAAAAUCUAGAAAAAGUUCAA